AUGGCCUCUUCUCAGGUUCGAUACGCUGCCACCGAGAUCGAGUCCGCCAAAUCGGCUCGCGCCCGCGGUGCCUACCUGCGAGUUUCCUUUAAGAACACUCGCGAGACCGCUCAGGCCAUCAACGGCUGGAAGUUGACUCGCGCUGUCAAGUUCCUCGAGAACGUUAAGGAGCACACUGAGGCUGUCCCCAUGCGACGAUAUGCCGGCGGUACCGGACGAGCCUCCCAAGGCAAGCAGUUCGGUGUCUCCCGCGCUCGAUGGCCCGUCAAGUCUGCUGAGUUCCUGCUCGGCCUCCUCAAGAACGCCGAGUCCAACGCCGAUGCCAAAGGUCUCGACACCAGCAACCUGAUCGUCAAGCACAUCCAGGUCAACCAGGCCCCCAAGCAGCGCAGACGAACCUACCGUGCCCACGGUCGUAUCAACCCCUACAUGUCGAACCCGUGCCACAUCGAGCUGAUCCUGACCGAGGGCGAGGAGGUUGUUCAGAAGUCGGACCAGGUCCGUGAGCGUGAGUCGGCGCACCUGAGCUCGAGACAACGCGGUGUCCGGACGCGCAAGGCCAUCGCUGCCUCAUAA